AUGGACAGGUACUGGACAUCACUGAACAAUCUUGUGGCGUCGCUCUUGAACUCCGUGCGAUCCAUCGCCUCGCUCCUGCUGCUCCUCUUCCUCUUCAUCGUCAUCUUCGCCCUGCUUGGUAUGCAGGUUUUCGGAGGGAAGUUUAAUUUUCCAGAUGAGCAUGUGAGACGGAGCAACUUUGACAAUUUUCCUCAGGCUCUGAUCACCGUUUUCCAGAUCCUCACAGGUGAAGGCUGGAACUACGUCAUGUAUGAUGGCAUCUUGGCUCACGGAGGUCCUGCCAUGCCUGGAAUCCUGGUCAGCAUUUACUUCAUUAUCCUGUUCAUCUGUGGAAACUAUAUCCUCUUGAACGUCUUCCUGGCAAUUGCGGUGGAUAACUUGGCCGAGGCAGAGAGUCUGACCUCUGCCCAGAAAGAGAAGGCAGAGGAGAAGAAGCGGAAGAGACUUCUUAGAGAAAACCUACCUGAUAAGGCAGAGGAAGAAAAGGCCAUGCUGGCAAAGAAACUAGCCGAGCAGAGAGCCAAGAUUGAUGGAAUUCCCACCACAGCCAAGCUCAAAGUGGACGAAUUUGAAUCAAAUGUGAACGAGAUUAAAGAUCCAUUUCCUCCAGCUGAUUUUCCAGGUGAUGAUGAGGAGGAGGAGCCAGAGAUCCCCCUCAGUCCUCGGCCUCGUCCAAUGGCAGACCUGCAGCUGAAGGAGACAGUGGUACCCAUGCCAGAGGCCAGUUCCUUCUUCAUCUUCGGCCCACAGAACAAGUUCCGCAAACUCUGCCAUCGCAUCAUCAAUGCUACAACCUUCACCAACAUCAUCCUCCUCUUCAUCCUGCUUAGCAGUAUCUCAUUGGCUGCGGAGGACCCCAUCGACCCGAUGUCCUUCAGGAACCAGGUCCUGGCCUACGCUGAUUAUGUCUUCACUUCGGUUUUUACCGCAGAGAUUGUGCUGAAGAUGACCACGUAUGGUGCCUUCUUGCACAAGGGCUCUUUCUGCCGUAAUUCGUUCAACAUCCUGGACCUGAUUGUUGUCGGUGUCUCCCUGCUGUCCAUGGGAAUGGAGUGAGAUUUCAGAGCAAUCCCGCCUUUUUCUGACAAAUAGAAAUAGAGCAGACUUAGAGCAAUAGAAAUGGUUUUUGAAC